AACAAAAAAUAUUUUUAUUAUACAAUUAGUCUUUUGUUUUGUUGUUUUUAUUAUUUAGAAAACUAGUGUAUAUUAAUUGUUAUUAAAAAAAAUGUAUAAGUUGUCUAUCAUAUUAGUUUCUAUAAUAUUUUACUGUCAAACUACAGUCUAUGGCUUAAACUUCAAGUGUCCGCGAAAAGACAUCAUUCAUACACAAUGUAUGGGUCCACAGGAUUGUCUAUAUCCGCACCCAUACCGGUGCGAUCAGUUUAUACACUGUGAGAUCAAUAAGGAUAGAAAGAGUGCCCGACCCCAAGUUAAGGACUGUCCUAAUGGACUCGAGUGGAACAAUAACCAGAAAAUAUGCGAUUGGCCCGAAUCGUCAACUUGUCGUCAAUUUAGAUGUCCCACUAAAGACAUUAUUGCCACCCAUUGUUUGGGACCUAAAGACUGUCUGUACACUAAUUGGCUUAACUGUAAUACAUUCAUUCAGUGUUUAGUCAACGCUGACGGUCGCACCGGUAGACCAGUGGUAAUGCCGUGUCCGGCGGGUCUCAAAUGGAACAAUAGAGAUAAACUGUGCGAUCGUCCGGAGCGGUCAACCUGUCGACACUCAGAGCUACUAUAGGAUGGCAUGAAUUCCCGCUUAUCUGUGCGAUAUAACAAACAGAUUACAUCAAUAAUUUUCAAUAUAAUAUUAGUCCAUAAUAUAAAAAUCUAGAAAAUUUAUGUUUAUUAUUAAGAAAAA